AUGCGCAGCCAGCGUAUUGGUUAUUUAGCGUCAGCGAGUGUGCUGUCCGGGCUGAUCAGUUCAGUGGCUGCCGACUGUGAAUGCGGCUAUUCCGUCAACUCGACUUCCUUCCCACAACAUGAGGUUUUCACCGAUCUGAUCGAAUCGGACUUCCUGACGAUUCAGGAUAUUGCAGUAGAUACGGAUUGGAAGAUCCAACGUUACUGGACACCAUAUGAUCCCAGCUCGGGGUAUUACGGAGAGAAUUUUACCGCUGCAAAUGUGGUGUCCAAUCCACUCAAGUAUAAUUACUCUCUCGAGCACCCAACUGAGAGCCAACUUGGAGGCUCUGCCGGUCUACAACUCUGGGUUCGCAGCGAGCUUCAGUCCAACGGGCUUAUCCCUUGUGGUCAGGUCAAAUCGGCUCGAGAUGAUAUCCAAUAUGGAUCUUUUCGCACCGCGAUGAAAUUGACUCCUGUCAAUGGCACCUGUAGUGCUUUCUUCUCCUAUUAUAACGACACCCAAGAGAUCGAUGUCGAGCUCCUUUCUCGGCAGUACACCAAUUAUUCUCUCUCCGGCUCUGAUGUCCCGUCUUCCCCUAUUAAUUUAGUAUUUCACUCCGUUCAAUCCAUCAUCGACGACUAUCAGCUACCAAACACAUCUACGUACGGCCGUCCAGUUGUCCCAGUCGCACUCACCAACGAGUAUCACGAAUACCGGUUUGACUGGACACCCGACCGGGUUUCAUUCUACUUCGAUGGCAAAUGGCUCUGGGACCUCAUAACCGACGUUCCAUCCUGGCGCACUGCAAUUCUUUUCAGCCACUGGAGUAACGGCGCAGCCGGAUGGACCCAAGGGCCCCCGACCGAAGACGCCGUGAUGACAAUCAGCUACUUCAAAGCCUACUUCAAUAGCAGCGAUCCGCAGCGCAUGUCUGACUAUGAGACGCGUUGCAAAGAUCCUUCAGCCGCGAAUUCCAUCUGCAUUAUUCCCGACCAGAAGGUAGCACCCGGGGCAGCGGCUCCGCAGAAUGGGUCAGCAUCGACGUUUUUCUUUUCACAGCAUAGUAAUAUGACCUCAAACCAGACGUUAUACACGGGGGAAAACAGCGGCAACAGUUCUUCUUGCGCAAAAGUGGCUGGUAUCCCAUUGUGGGCUGUGGGAGUUGGAGUCUUUCUGGUUUUCGGUCAAUGGAUUGGUUUUUAA